AUGUCGGAACGUUCUGAGAGUGCAACUGAAAAGAUUAUGAGCAGCAUCAUGGAUACCAUUGCUGACAACCUUCCUAAGCAGAAGUCUGGGCAUUUUGAUCUAGGUUCAGUCUCUGACAAAGUGAAGAACAAGCUGUUUGGUCGUCAGAGGACCUUGCAUGGAGUUCUGGGUGGUGGAAAACCUGCUGAUGUGCUGUUAUGGAGGAACAAGAAGAUAUCAUCGAGUGUUCUGGUUCUUGCAACAGCUAUUUGGGUUUUCUUUGAGUGGCUUGACUACCACUUUCUGACAAUUGUUUCUUUUGCCCUUAUUCUUGGAAUGGUUGUCCAGUUUGUCUGGUCCAACUUCUCAAACAUGCUAAGCGGAUCUCCUUCUCAGGUGCCCCGAGUUGAAUUGCCUGAUGAGUUAUUUGUGAACAUUGCCGUUGCAAUCGGUGCCCAAAUUAACAAGUUCCUGUGCUUCCUUCAGGAUGUGUCUUGUGAAAGAAACUUGAAGCAUUUUGCAGUGGCGAUUGCCGGACUGUGGGCUGCUGCAGUGAUUGGAAGUUGGUGCAAUUUCCUGACAGUCAUAUAUAUCGGGUUUGUUUGUGUUCACACACUUCCUGUGCUCUAUGAGAAGUACGAAGACCAAGUCGAUGAUUUCCUCUACAGCCUUCUUGGUCUGUUGCGAGAUCAGUAUCAGAAGCUUGACCAAGGCGUCUUGAGCAAGAUUCCCAAGGGGAACAUGAAGGCUAAGAAGAACGAGUAA